AUGUCUGAAUCAACGCCGCUUCUUCCAACCCAAGGCUCUUCGUCCAAGCGCUCCAAAUGGAGAGCUUUGCGAUUAGACGUUUAUAUUCCGAUCAUCAUUAUUUGCACAUUUUUCCUCACUGCUGCUAUCACAUUCACCGCCAGAGUCAAGCCGCAACUGGGGGAUUUGGUGGCACAGGGCACGAGGUUUGAAAGCGACGAGGUCAAGUUCCUAGGAGUCGACGAUGACUCCGGUCUAAUUUUGCAGGUUAAGGGUACGAACUUUAACAACUACACGCAGAUUGAAGACCCUGUUGGUAGAUUUUACUUUAAGGUUGCGGGUUUUACUGUGCGCAAGCUUAAUUUGGCUGUGGACGAAUUGAAUCUGGUCGUGUUUGACGAAUCUAAGGGUGAUUACAAGAACUUGGGAGUGGCAGAGAUCGCACCGUUUCCGGUGAAGAUCACCGACAAGACAGAGUCGCACCUUUCGUUGUACAUGAAGGUGUUCCCGAAGGCAGACGGUGUCUUGGGAGUUAUCAAGCGAGUUCUUCUUUCCCACGAUGCUAAAUUGAGGCUCAAGGGAGAUGCAAAUGUGAAAGUGCUUGUCUUAAACGGGUACAUUCCUGUUUCCAAUUUGGUGAUUCCAUUAGAUCUACUUAUUAAUUAA